AGACACAGAAAACUAAUGUUUGUAACAGAACAAUAGCUUAUUUCUCUGAAAGAUAAAUAAAUAAAUACAUAGAGCUUGGACACAAGAUGAAAGCAUUCAAAAGUGGUUGUCAGCAGGAAGAUUGGAAAUGUACCAGCAUCUUUGUUUUCCACUUUGUGGUUGCCGUAGCUCUUUUAAAAGACACAUGUUCAACAAAUGCUGCAAAUAAAUGAUCCUGCAAAAAAGAAUUUUCCAACACAUCUGGCCACAAAAGAACAGCAACAAUGCACCAGUUUUCAGUACUCAGAGGUUUCAGGUAUUUGCCACUUUAUUGUACCUCCUAAUCCUCUUUUUCCCCCUGGCUUAUUAUGGCUUUAUAUUGCUGCAGAUACUUGGGCAGGAAGCAGGUGAAUCCUGGAAAAGAGGAGGCAGUGGAGAACGUUCGAAACCUGGUGAUGGCUGACUACUCGUAUUGGACUCUGUCCUAUGCCAUCUCCCUGCAGGGAGCCCAAAAACUGCUCAAUGCUGAGCCUCUGUCCAAGAUGCUGCCUGUUGAUGAAUUCCUCCCCAUCAUGUAUGACAAGCAUCCAAACGAGAACUACAUGUCCCAUUUCCCCAACAGAAACUUACAAGCCUUCAGUACACGCCCCCUUCUAGUUCAGCCUUGUCACUUCGCCGGUGACCCAGAGUGGGUCAGCGACACAGAGACGUCGACUCUGUGGGACGACGACUCAGUACGCACAGAUUGGAGGGGUUCCCACAAGACCCUGAAAGGGGCCGCUCCACCCGAGAUGCUUUCAGCUGCCUACAAGGACGAACUGUAGUACGAACAGACGGUGCUGGACGUGUGUCAAAGGUCAGGAGUUCACACAGCGAGACCCUGAGAAGAGCGUUCAGUGUUUUCAGACUUUAUUUCAAUCCACUCUGUGUCACAUCACUGACAUGCUCAGUAUCAUGCAAACUGGACUUUGUUUUUUCAAAGCAUGUAAGCAGGUGUUUGAUACAAAAUGAUUUAGUGUAUUUUUAGUGGGAAAUAAACAAGGGAUGGUGAAAUUGAGAGUGUGUUUAAAGAUUUGUAAAACAAUGUGUUUUAAUACUUGUACAGAUAUCUUACCAAAACACAUUUUUCUCUUUCAUUUCUCUUUUCCAGUGUUGCUUUAUCCAUCAGUCUAUCCAUUUUUUCUCUCCCAUUUUUGCAUGUCUUACCUCCUUCUUGUCUUCAACAGAUAGAGUUAUGUAUUACAGAAUAGCUCGACUGACCUAAAUCAACAUCUUUCAUGACUUUUUGAACAGAUUAAAAGCUGAGGUACCUCAUAGUUUUAAGGAAUGUAUGUGACUGUUCAAGUGCUUUAUUCAGGAAAUAUGUUAGUUUAACACAUUGAAUGUUUGUAUCUAAAUAAUUAAAGUAUUUCAAAAUGUUUUUUUUCUCCUUGAAAAUAAUAGUCAUGUAUAGAUUCACUGAAAACAUUGAUCUCAUGUGACAUACUUCUGCUCUAUGGCUGUGUUUUAAUAUUUCACAUUUAGUCUCAGACAUUAGACGUGAAGAUCUGAUUAGGUUUGAUUUUUUUUAAUUUAGUAAUUCUACUUCCACCAGGUUACUAUUAUACUCUGUCUCUUAAGUAUCAUGAUGUUUUCAGAUGUGUUUACAUAGAUUUUAGAUUCAAGGAUAUUAUCUCUUGCACUUGAGCGAUCACAAAAAAGACAUACAGUAUGAUCUGUCAUUGCUCCAUGAACUAGUGACUGUUGGCUCUAAUAUUGGCAUAAAUGGCUUCUCAAGAUGUUAACUCCAAUUAUCAAAGCGGAGGUUGAUGCACCUUGUGGUUAUCAACUGACCUUUUUUGCAAAGUGCAAUUUUUCAGAAAUAUCUAUCUACUUCUCAGUGCUUAAUUUUAUUUUGCCAAAUUAUUACUGCACUCAUCAAGCAAAGGUCUUCAAGAGCUUUUUUAAAACACAACCUUUUUAUAGCUUUUUUGUAGCAUCACUGGGAUCCUAAAACCUGAGACUGUGUUGACAGUGUGUCCGUGCAGGGUUGCAAUGCAAGUUACUGAUGUAAUAAUGAUAACCCUCAUGGAUUUUCUUUAGGAUGAUUAUGUUACAAACAAUUUACAUUUGUCUCUCUGGUCUUACUUCAUUUAUUCACUUCCUAUUUUAAGUGCUGACUUCUCUUUUUAUGUCUUUAUUUAUUUGUAAAGUCUAUCUUGAUUUUGUUAACAGAUAAGUCAGAUCGUUAUAUGGUGCAAACAAUCAAAGUGCAAUGGCUUUUCUGCCAAAAUGGGUUUUCUCUCUCUCUCUCUCUCUCUCUCUCUCUCUCUCUCUCUCUCUCUCUCUCUCUCUCUCUCUCUCUCUCUCUCUCUCUCUCUUUCUCUCUCUCUCUCACACUCAAUGAGAUGAUGUUAUAAAUGUGGGUGUCUGGACAAUUGUUAAGCAAACUUUUCAAGCAUCAAUAAAUGGUUUUUUUCCCC